AUGAAUCAUCCAUCAGCCGGUUUCUCCUUCUCUCUUUCAUCAAUCUACGAUGGCAGCAAACUCGAAUGUCGCAUUCACCUACCGCGCGAGUUCAAAAAUAUAGAAUUGGCAGCUUCCUGGCCCAACCGUGGUGCCAUCAUCGCACAUCCAUAUGCACCUCUAGGAGGCAAUUUUGACGAUCCAGUCGUCGGUUUCGUCAGUGACGAGCUUUUAGACGCCGGCUGUAUCGUGGGGACUUUCAACUUUCGUGGAGCUGGUGACUCGGAAGGACGAACAAGCUGGACUGCAAAGCCUGAGCUUGGGGACUAUGUAUCUUUCUACGGAUUCAUGUUGCAAUAUCUGCACUUCUUGAAACUUGCGUUGGCCCCGAGAGGCCAAGGAGCCUCAGAUGCUCGUAUGCCCACCAACAAAGAAGCCAAUCACUCAGACAGCCAUCUCAUCCUUGGUGGCUAUUCAUAUGGGUCUCUUAUAGCAUCCCAUGUGCCGACCCUUGACACUAUGCUCAACCUCUUCGAUCCCACAUCAACUGCAACUACCAGAUCAACACCCCUAGCCGAGAUCAGGGACACAGCAAAGCGGAUAGCCGCAGCCACCCUGGAUAGGCUUCAAAUCAGUCACACCGUGGCUGAUGACCUUAACCUACGUGUCUGGCCAACAUCAAUUUCUUACCUCCUCGUGUCUCCCCUACUACCCCCAAUCAGCCAAUUCCUCACCAUGUUCUCGACCUUGUCGUUGGAAAUGAAGACGGAGCCUCAAAGUCCCCGAAUCCCCUGUCCACGCCCUACAGAUCAACAGAGCACGAACACAGUCUUGGCGCUCUUUGGAGACCAAGAUAACUUUACCUCAGCUGGGAAACUGCAGAAAUGGUCAGACGAGAUGGCGCACAAGCCGGACAGUCGGUUUCAAUUUCGAAUGAUUGCAGGCGCGGGCCAUUUCUGGCGUGAGGAUGGGGUCGAGGAACAAGCGAGACAUGCUCUGAAGGAGUGGGUCUGUCAGAUAUGA